AUGUCGAAGGCUAUACCCAAGUUCGGAUCGUUCAAGCCGAAAACUACGGCACCACCGCCCGCCUCUGUUGAAAAGGAGAAGAAGCAUAGGUCUAGAGAUAACGAUGGAAAAGAAGAAGAGCAUAGAAAGCACCGCCAUCGAGAACUCGAACGUAGAGGAAAGUACGGUCACGUUACUGAAUCUAUACCCGAACCCUCCCACGCCGCUGGAGGUAAAUCACCCAUCUCUGCCGAGACAUUUUUCAUAGACAAAAGAGGGGAUGAGAAGAACAUUGUCUACGGAAGUAUCCAUCGUUACGAUGUGCCUGCAUUCUAUAGGAUCGGUGCAGGUGGCGUCUUGGGGGCACCAUCCAAGUUAAAAAUCGACCGCGAUCACAGUGACGACAAAGGGAUUGUCCUAUACGACUGGAGGGCCUCCAGAUUUGGACACCGGGAGAAAUACGUCUUCUCCCGGGUCGAACGUGAAAGACCCCAGCUCUUGAGGAUACGACCCGAGAUUGCGGUUGAAAAUCCGGAAGAUCAGAGUUUAGAUUUUGUGUCUCUAGAUCUGGUCAGGGGAAAGAAACGCAAGAGGACUAGUGGGAACGAUAGUUUUGGUUCUGAUAAUGAUGAUACUCAUUACCGCUCGAUACAUGGAAAGUCAAAGGCCAGAAGCCAGCCAACUGAUGAGGCUUUACAGUACGCCACAGAAAGCGAGUCGUCAGGAUCUGAGGCAGGAUUCAAGUUGGAUUCUGAUGCCUCUCGGCGGCAAAAGAAUGUUGAACUGAGUCGGCGGAUUGAACAACAUCCCAAUGAUAUCGAUGCUUGGCUAGCAUUGAUCGGGCAUCAGGAUGUUCUUUUACGAGGCCAAGAUGACCGUCGCCGGAUAACCAAUGCUGAGACGAAGAGUACAGCGGAAAUCAAGAUUCACAUGUAUGAAAAAGCGCUUGAAAGAGCAACGAGUUUGAGAGAUCGUGAAAGGCUUCUGCUUGGCUUAAUGGAAGAUGGGGCAAAAAUAUGGGACACCAAAGCUCAAUCCGAUCGCUGGGAGAAAAUCUCUAAGGACAACAUUGAUAGUCUAAUGCUCUGGAGAAGCUUUCUUGAUUUCAAGCAAAGUACAUUCUCAACAUUUCGAUACGAAGAGACCCGGGAUAUCUGCAUCAGGAGAAUCAAACUUCUCUCUGAGGUUGCCUCUAGAACAGGCAAUGACACCGUCAAUCCUAUUUACCAGCAAAUCCUAUAUGUUUUAAUCCGGCUUACGACGUUUAUGCGUGAAGCUGGAUAUUCAGAGCUCGCAGUAGCAAUCUGGCAGGGGCUACUUGAGGUCAAUUUCUGCACUCCGAAGCAAGCAAUGUCAACAGAAGAAGGCGUUCGUCUGUUCAGCGAUUUCUGGGAGAGCGAAGUUCCUCGAAUCGGGGAUGAUGGUGCCAGUGGUUGGCGCUAUCAUAUUGAGAAUCAAGAUGCUCUAGAAGUAGAUGCACUCGUCGCAGAAGAAGAAAACAGUCUGGACAAUGGGAAUUUGUUCCAAAGCUGGGCAAACAAUGAGCGUUUAAGAUGCAAAGAUGCGUUCUUUCCAGCGAGAACCAUGGAUGAUGUUGUCGAAGACGACCCGUUUCGGGUGAUUCUCUUCCCUGACAUUGAGCAGUUCCUUAUAAUACUCCCACCCAAUGUGGAAGAACUACGCAAAAGCCUCCUUGACGCGUUUCUCAUCUUCUGUCAAUUACCGCCAUUGGGGAUUCUCGACGAAAGUACUACCCAAUCUUAUUUUACAGACGCGUUUGUGGGGAAUGAUUUGCUUGAAUGUAACUCUGCUUGGAUAUCCAACGCAUACGCGAAGAAGACCGAGCUAGAAGGUGGUAAUUUCGACAUAUCGACUGCAUUAGACAUACCACUGUCCAACUAUCAGAGCUCGCCUAGCACAAUGUUCUGUUCUAAGUUUUGGUUCAAAGGAAUUGCUGAUUGGCGUGACCGUUAUGCAGGAGAGUACGGACCGGUGUCCUACAAAUGGACUCGAAAUGCCCUCAAGCAGGUUGUCCAGGCACAUUUUCGAGAGGACUUGGCCGAGUACUAUUUGGCGUUUGAAUGGAGGAAUGAGCCAGAAACAAUCAAGAAGGUUUCGAAGAACCUUCUGAAGCAACAUCCUUCUAGUCUCAGAUUGUAUAAUGCCUACGCAAUGAUUGAAUCAGGCAGAGGGAAUAAGGAUGUUGCAGAUGGCGUGUUCUCUGCUGCUCUGAAUAUGAGCAAAUCUAUGUCUGAGAGCGACAAGAGGGGAUCUAUUAUGUUAUGGACGAAUUGGAUUUGGACUUCUUUGGAAGAAGGAGGUAAGAGCUCUGCGUUGCAGCAUCUGCUAUGUAUAGCGGAUGGUGCCAGCAAUACAUCAGUCGAAGUAUCUCCGACAGCUCUGUUCAAAACUAAACAACACCUUAUAUCGAACCGCGACUACCUCCUGUCCGCAGGCGAUACCCGCUUCGCCACCACAUACGGCGAAUGCUUGGCCAUGUUCGAAUACCUGACCGCUAACACAAGCCAAGAACCACAAUCUGAGGUCCAAGGCGAUAUCGCCAGUGCUCUUGCAUGCCAUGAAAAAGUAUCCAACACACUAACCAGCCGAAACCUUUCCCAAUCGCCCUCACACGAACUCCUCCUACAAUCCGCCGCCCGCCUUCUCUACCAUCACGCCCGCAUUGGACCCUUCCGCCCAGUCCUCCUCCGGGAACGGCUAUCGCACUUCAUCACCCUCUUCCCGCAAAAUACCAUAUUCCUUUCGCUCUACACAUGGAAUGAGUCCCGUCUCCGAAUAGACAACCGAGUCCGCAACAUCCUCUUUUCGACUAUCCUUACGCCCCAGAACGACGUCCUAACGUCACGUCUCUUCGCCAUCUACUAUGAGAUUGGCUACGGCACUAUCCAUUCCGUGCGCUCUGCCUUCGAGCACGCCGUUAACUCGCCAGCCUCAAAGUCCUCAGCUGGCCUAUGGAAAUUCUACAUCCUGUUUUGCCUCGAGACGCAGCAGUUCAGAUCAAAAGCGAAGGAUAUUUGGUACAGGGCCUUAAGAGCCUGUCCUUGGGCAAAGGAGCUCUAUAUUACUGGGUUUGAGAAAAUGGGUGACUUGGCUAGCUUCGACGAACUUAAAGGGACGUGGAGGGUAAUGGGCGAGAAGGAAUUAAGAGUUCACGUGGACCUGGAAGAUAAUUUUGAUGAGAUUCAGGAGCUCGAGCAUUCCGGUGGGCACAGACGUUUGGAUUCGAAAUGA